CCUAGUCCAUUUGCUAAGUUCCUAGAAAGACGUGGUAUUUGUGCUCAAUACACUAUGCCAGGAACACCGCAACAAAAUGGUGUUGCAGAAAGGUGGAAUCGUACUUUAAUGGAUACUAGUUUUUUGGCCCGCGCUCCGCCGCGGUAAGAAACUAAUGAUUUAAUUGAAAUCGAAUAAUUUAUAAAAUUAUUCAGAUAAGAUACAAAUGUUAGUUUCACGUGAUUUCUUAAUCAUUACGAAUAACAUACGUCAUCCGUUUGUUUAAGUGAUACGUUGUAAAUAACUAUUUCUACAUAAAGUUUACAUAGUGUUUAAUUAUUAUAGAAAAAUUACAUAUUAUUUUUUUAAUUGAUACAUAAAUGAUUAUUUGUCCAUAAAUUUUACGUAGUUUCUAAUCAUUAAAAAAAACUUAUGUAGUUAUAGAACGUUAUUCCAUAAAUUUUUCAUAAUGUGUGGUCUAAUAGUAUAAUCAAGUUAUAGUAACUGACAUUGACGAAUUUUUAAUUUAUGUAAAUUUUAUUGAAUGUUGUUACAUAAAUAUUUCAUAAUAUGUGGUCAAAUAAUAAUUACUUGUGAAUUUUAGACUUACCGUAGAAGUGGUUGUAGGGAAUAAAACUCAUAUGAAUAAUAUUGCAGAAAAGGAGGAAAAAAAGGCUUAUGGUAAAAUUGGGUAUAUGUAUGUAACUUUUAUUGAAUGUUGUUACAUAAAUAUUUCAUAAUAUGUUAUCUAAUAAUAAUUGCUUAAGAAUUUUAGACUUAUUGUAGAAGUGGUUGUAGGGAAUAAAACUCAUGAAUAAUAUUGCAGAAAAGGAGAAAAAAUGGUUUACGGUAAAAUUGUGUAUAUGGGAUAAAACCUCAUUGUGAACAGUAUUCGUAGAGAAAAAUAGCAUGUUUUUUUCUUAAUGAACAAUGAAAAGUGCUUGUGCUUUUACUUAUGAAUUUUAGACUUAUUGUAAAAGUGGUUGUAGUGGAUAAAACUCAUAUGGAUAAUAUUGCAGAAAAGGAGAAAAAAGACUUAUGCUAAAAUUGGUUAUAUGGUAUAAAACCCAAUUGUGGACAGUAACCGUAGAGAAAAAAUAGCGUAUUUUUUCUUAAUGAACAGUGAAAAGUGCUUGUGUUUUUAAUUAUAUAAUAAUAAUGGUUAGGAGUAUGUUAAGCAAUUUAUCUUUACCCAAAUCAUUGUGAAUGCACGCUUUAAGGACCACUGUGUAUUUGUUAAACAAGGUUCCUAGUAAAGCAGUUCCUAAGACACCUUUUGAACUGUGGACGGGAAGGAAACCCAGUUUAAGGCACCUGCUUGUUUGGGGUUGCCCAGCGGAAGUAAGAAUAUAUAAUCCACAUGAAAAGAAACUGGACUCACAAACAAUCAGUGGUUUCUUCAUUGGUUAUCCAGAAAAAUCUAAGGGGUAUCGGUUUUAUUGCCCUAACCAUAUUAUGAGAAUUGUUGAAACGGGAAAUGCUAGGUUCAUUGCGAAUAGUGAAGUUAGUGGGAGCUUAGAGCCACGCAAUGUGGAAAUUCAAGAAGUUAGAGUGCAAAUAUCUUUGCCUCUACCCUCUUCUCAAGUUGUUGCUCCUUCCUGCACAUGUUGAGCAUGAUAACGAUUUGCAAGAACAACAAAUGAACGGUCAAGCACCACCUAAUAUUGCUAUUGAGAAUGAACCUAACAUAGAUGAACCUAAAGAAAUCGCAUUAAGAAGGUCUACAAGAAAUCGAAGACCUGCAAUUUCUGAUGAUAAUGAGUUUUAUCUUCAAAAGUUAGAAUCUGAUUUAGGACUCUAUCAUGAUCCAAUUUCAUUUUCACAAGCCAUGGAAAGUGAGCAUUCUGAUAAAUGGUUAGCUGUCGCGAAAGAAGAAAUGAAAUCUAUGUAUAAAAAUGAAGUUUGGGACCUUGUUGAUUUGCCUGAAGGUUGUAAAAGAGUUGGUAAUAGAUGGGUCUUGAAGACCAAACACGACUCUAAUGGAAAUAUCGAAAGACACAGAGCCAGGCUUGUUGCCAAAGGUUUUACUCAGAAAAGUAGUGUUGACUAUAAAGAAACAUUUUCACCCGUCUCUAAGAAAGACUCCUUAAGAAUUAUCAUGGCACUAGUAGCUCAUUAUAAUCUAGAGCUCUAUUAGAUGGAUGUGAACACCGCCUUUCUGAAUGGGAAUUUAGAUGAAGCAGUCUAUAUGGAUCAACCUGAGAGUUUUGUGGUUGAGGGAAAGGAACAUAUGGUGUGUAAAUUAAAGAAGUCAAUAUACGGACUUAAACAAGCUUUCUGACAAUGGUAUAAUAAGUUCAAUGAUACCAACACAUCUUUUGGAUUUAAGGAAAACAUCGUCGAUCGAUGUAUAUAUAUGAAGAUCAAUUGGAGUAAGUUUAUAAUUUUGGUUAUGUAUGUUGACGAUAUCUUGCUUGCUACUAAUGAUCUUGGUUUAUUACAUCAAACCAAGGAGUUUCUCUCUAAGAACUUUGAAAUGAAGGAUUUGGGUGAGGCAUCCUAUGUGAUUGGGAUAUAAAUAUUUCUUGAUAGAUCACAAGGACUUUUGGGAUUGUCUAAGAAAUCAUACAUCGACCGAAUCCUAGAGAGAUACAACAUGGUUGAAUGUUCUGCAAAUGUCGUUCCAAUUCAGAAGGGAGAUAAAUUUAGUCUCAAACAAUGUCCAAAGAAUGAAUUGGAACGCAAGCAAAUCGAACACAUUCCUUGUGAAUCUAUUGUUGGAAGUUUGAAUUAUGCACAAACUUGUACCAGACCAGACAUCAGUUUUGUUGUCAGAAUGCUGGGCAGGUAUCAAAGUAAUCCGGGAGUAGAUCAUUGGAAAGCUGAAAGAAAAUACUAAGGUAUCUACAAGGAACAAAAGACCACGUGCUCACCUUUAGGAGAUCUGAUCACCUUGAGGUGAUUGGAUAUUCAAAUUCAGAUUAUGUUGGAUGUGCAGACACCAGGAAGUCUACUUUUGGCUAUUUGUUCCUUCUAGCCAGAGGGGCAAUUUCAUGGAGGAUUGCGAAGGAGUCUGUUGUUGCCACAUCCACUAUGGAAGCUGAGUUCAUAGCUUGUUAUGAAGCUACGAAUCAUGGUUUAUGGCUGCGGAGUUUUAUUUUUGGACUUGGAAUCGUCGACACUAUCGCCAAGCCGCUGAAAAUUUAUUGUGAUAAUUCCGCAGUGGUAUUCUUCUCUAAGAGUGACAAGUAUUCGAAGGGUGCUAAGCAUAUGGAGGUGAAAUAGUUUGUUGUUAAGGAAGAAGUUCAUAAUCAAAGGGUGUCGAUCGAGCAUAUUAGCACACAACUUAUGAUUGCUGAUCCAUUAACAAAAGGAUUGCCUCCUAAGACAUUUACUGAACAUGUCGAAAGGAUGGGGAUUAUAGGACGUCAUGACUAAAGUUAUUUUAUGUUUCAUGGAUUGACACUUUGAGCUCAUUUAUUUUGUUUUUGGAACAAAGUUAUGAAUCUUGUUUUAUUUAUUAUGAUCGGUAUAUAUACAUACAUCAUGCAUUAUGUGAACAGAACACGAUUUUUGUCUUUAGAGAAGACAUUAUUGUUGGACCAUUAUGACUAGCUUGUUAUGUGUCAUAUUGAGUAUGACUGGUUUUGUGGUACAUGGAAGGGACUAUGUCGAUAAAUUGAUAUACAACCGCCAUGAUCCUAAUCUAGCUUUCAUACUUGAUUGUGACUUUAUUGUGGACCAAAUAUUAUGAUGGAUUUAUCUUAUGAUGUGCACACUUGUGUUUAUUGUUAGACCAUAUAAUGACACAUGGGCCAAGUGGGAGAGCCCAUUCCCGUAGGUCACAAGGCCAAGCCGCUGAAAAUUUAUUGUGAUAAUUCCGCAGCGGUAUUCUUCUCUAAGAGUGACAAGUAUUCGAAGGGUGCUAAGCAUAUGUAGGUGAAAUAGUUUGUUGUUAAGGAAGAAGUUCAUAAUCAAAGGGUGUCGAUCGAGCAUAUUAGCACACAACUUAUGAUUGCUGAUCCAUUAACAAAAGGAUUGCCUCCUAAGACAUUUACUGAACAUGUCGAAAGGAUGGGGAUUAUAGGACGUCAUGACUAAAGUUAUUUUAUGUUUCAUGGAUUGACACUUUGAGCUCAUUUAUUUUGUUUCUGGAACAAAGUUAUGAAUCUUGU